AAACUAACAUGCGGAACUUGGAGAGCUCCGUAGAGCUGGCAUAUCGGCUCGAAUACGGCGUCGUGUGGGAAACGGCGCGGUUGGCCUUACGUCCGGCCUUGUGUGCCGGAUGGUCCUGAAGCGUCUUCACCAACUCUUCGGGAUCGACGUGUCGGGCGAGUCCUGCCAUUGUGUCAAUUGAUCUUUGUUCGGCCUCUCAAAGAUUUCAGUCCGAAGUUAGUCUGAGAUGUUGAACGGGAACUCCAGAGAGCUGGGGGUAAAUAGAGAUAUUCCAGUGACGCAAUGUAUGAUCACCGGUUGCAGCGUGGGAAGCUGCAUUGAGGAAUGCAUAUCCACGGGAGCAGCCAGGGUGCAAAGCUUGACGAAGGCUUGUCAAAGCUUGAUUGCAGAGACGAUUGCAACCGUUGUGGGCCUAGAUUCUCCACAGAGCCCAAUGAGGAGCUGCCCGACGCCAGGGAGCUAUGAGAAAGCAAUGCAGUUACGUUAUGGCGUAGCAGAGCAGGUUUCGUCAGCGAGGGAAAUCAGGUUACCGCAUGAGGCAUUUGAAGGGAUGGCAGUCGCUACUAUUCAACAUCUAUGGCCUGUCCAUAGGGAAUUAAGCAACAACUCAAAUUCUGCAUAUCGAGCUUUCGGAUUCGUGGUGGAUGAAACGUAUGACGAAAUCCGGCCUAACGAGCGUCGGUGAUAAGUUGAUCCGGUCCGAGAUGUCCACGUGACUAAGCAUCUUUUCUACAGUCCUUCCAAGAAG